AUGCCUCUCCCAUCCAAUGUCCACAUCUCCUCUCACCCUUGUCUCCAAGCCAAGCUCUCUCUCAUCCGCUCAUCCUCAACCACUCCCCGCGAGACAAGAGGUUUAGUCCAUGACAUUGCCAACAUUCUAGGCGUCGAAGCCUUCUCAGGCCUCAGGCUAGUCAAGACUGGAACCGACACCACCCCUCUCGGAAUCGAGUAUGAAACGCAAGGCAUCGACCCAGCAGACCUAGCCUUAGUACCAAUCCUCAGAUCCGGUCUAGGAAUGGUAGAUGCCCUGAACGACCUCCUCCCCACCCCGGUACCAGUCUACCACCUGGGUCUCUUCCGCGAGAAAGUCUCCCUCCAACCAGUAGAAUACUAUAACAACCUCCCCUUCCACCGGUCGGAGUUAUCUCCUGCUUCCCCCGCAUCUCUAGAUCCAACCACCAACACCGCAGCUGCUACCCUGGCUGUACUGCUGGAUCCUAUUAUUGCGACUGGUGCGACGGCCGAAGCGGCUAUCCAGCUUCUGCGUGAUUGGGGUGUUCAGAAGGUGAUUAUGCUGAGUGUGCUUGGUUCCGAGGAGGGUAUUCAGCGUGCUGCUGGGGUUUGGGAGAAUGUGGAGGUGUAUGUUGGUGGUGUGGAUAAGGGUGUCAAUGAGAAGGGUAUGAUUGUGCCUGGAAUUGGAGAUAUUGGUGAUCGACUGUUUGUCGCUAUGGGCAAAUAG